GGGCCGAAUCUACUGAGAAGAACUCGUCAAGGUUCUUCGGGGAGUACUGAAGUAGAGGUUGAACCCUGAUAAAUCUGUCGUCUUUCUCUAUCCGUUACAGAUAAUUUGUCCUCUCUCUCUCACGCUAUCCCUUUCGCUCUGCCUAAGCGUUUUUGUCUCCGCUCUCUCCGUGCUCUCGCUAUCUCUCUCUUUAUGUAUAUAUAUGUCAAUGGUAUUACGUAGCUGAUUGUUAUCAGUCUUGAGUGAAAGGCAGAGAGAGCGAGAGAGAGAGAGAGAGACAAUGAAGAGUAACGAAGAGAGAGACGGAGAAUCGGCGUCGAGAAAUCACCUGGUCUUCGCUUACUAUGUCACUGGCCAUGGUUUCGGCCAUGCCACUCGUGUUGUCGAGGUGGUCCGGCACCUUAUUAUUGCGGGGCAUGAUGUGCACGUGGUCACUGGUGCCCCGGACUUUGUUUUCACCUCCGAGAUACAAUCCCCUCGGCUCUUCAUUCGCAAGGUGCUGUUAGACUGUGGAGCAGUUCAGGCAGAUGCAUUGACGGUGGAUCGUCUUGCCUCCUUGGAGAAGUAUUCUGAGACAGCUGUUGUGCCUCGCGAUUCUAUUUUGGAAACAGAAGUGGAGUGGCUGAACUCCAUCAAAGCUGACUUAGUGGUCUCAGAUGUUGUUCCAGUAGCUUGUCGUGCAGCAGCUGAUGCUGGAGUUCGCUCUGUUUGUGUCACAAACUUCAGUUGGGACUUCAUAUACGCAGAGUAUGUCAUGGCUGCAGGAAGUCAUCAUCGUUCAAUUGUUUGGCAGAUAGCAGAGGAUUAUUCCCAUAGCGAGUUCCUGAUCCGCCUCCCAGGCUAUUGCCCAAUGCCUGCUUUUCGAGAUGUUAUUGAUGUACCUCUGGUUGUGAGGAGGUUGCACGGAUCCCGAAAUGAGGUGAGGAAGGAACUUGGGAUUGGAGAUGAUGUGAAGCUAGUUAUUCUAAACUUUGGUGGACAGCCAGCUGGCUGGAAGCUGAAGGAGGAGUACUUACCUUCUGGUUGGUUAUGCCUGGUUUGUGGUGCUUCUGACACCCAGGAGCUUCCACCAAAUUUUGUAAAGCUUGCAAAAGAUGCAUAUACACCUGAUCUUAUAGCUGCAUCUGAUUGUAUGCUUGGAAAAAUUGGAUAUGGCACUGUUAGUGAAGCUCUUGCAUACAAGUUACCGUUUGUCUUUGUACGCAGAGAUUAUUUCAAUGAAGAGUCAUUUUUGAGGAAUAUGCUUGAGUAUUAUCAAGGUGGUGUUGAGAUGAUUAGGAGGGACUUACUCACUGGACACUGGAAACCUUAUCUUGAACGUGCCAUAAGUUUGACACCGUGCUAUGAAGGAGGCAUCAAUGGUGGUGAGGUAGCAGCUCAAAUCCUGCAGGAGACGGCCACUGGAAAAAACUAUACACCAGAUAAGCUUAGUGGAGUGAGAAGAUUGUGUGAUGCUAUCAUACUUGGGUUUCAACUUCAAAGAGUCCCAGGACGAGAUAUCUGCAUCCCAGACUGGUAUGCAAGUGCUGAAAAUGAACUAGGUAUUUCUAGUGUACCAACGUCCCAAAAGACUGAGAUUAACCCCCUAAUGAACUCAUGCACCAAAGAUUUUGAGAUUCUUCAUGGAGAUCUUCAAGGCUUUCCAGAUACAAUAAUGUUCGUAAAGAGCUUGGCAGAACUGGAUACUGCUUAUGAGUCUGAAAGGAAUGCUGAGAAGCACCUGAUGCGGGAGCAUAAGGCUGCUGCUGGACUCUUCAAUUGGGAGGAAGAAAUCUUUGUGGCAAGAGCACCUGGAAGGUUGGAUGUUAUGGGAGGAAUUGCUGACUAUUCAGGAAGCCUUGUCUUGCAGAUGCCAAUAAGAGAGGCCUGCCAUGUUGCUGUGCAAAGGAAUCAUCCAAGUAAACACAGGCUUUGGAAGCAUGCCCUGGCUCGGCAGCAAGCUGAAGGACAAGGAUCAACACCUGUCUUGGAAAUAGUGUCAUAUGGUUCAGAAUUGAGCAAUCGCGGCCCAACCUUUGACAUGGAUUUAUCUGACUUUUUGGAUGGAGAGCGGCCAAUGUCAUAUGAAAAAGCAAGGAAAUACUUCUCACAAGAUCCUUCGCAAAAGUGGGCAGCGUAUGUUGCAGGGACAAUUCUGGUUUUGAUGACAGAACUAGGCGUACGCUUUGAAGACAGUAUCAGUAUGCUGGUUUCUUCUGCAGUCCCUGAAGGCAAAGGUGUAUCUUCUUCUGCCUCUGUGGAGGUUGCUAGCAUGUCUGCCAUAGCUGCUGCUCAUGGAUUAAGCAUCAGUCCAAGAGAUCUCGCUUUGCUCUGCCAAAAGGUGGAGAAUCACAUUGUUGGUGCUCCAUGUGGGGUGAUGGACCAGAUGACUUCAGCAUGUGGUGAAGCCAACAAACUUCUAGCAAUGGUGUGUCAGCCUGCUGAGAUAAUUGGGCUUGUAGAAAUUCCUAGCCAUAUUCGAUUUUGGGGAAUUGAUUCAGGAAUACGACACAGUAUUGGUGGCGCAGACUAUGGAUCUGUCAGAAUUGGUGCCUUUAUGGGUUGCAAGAUGAUAAAGUCUAUUGCAUCUUCUAUGUUGCCUCAGUCACUGCCCAGUGCUAAUGGGGUAAACCUUGAUGAAUUGGAGGAUGAUAAUGUUGAACUACUUGAAGCUGAAGCUUCUUUGGAUUACUUAUGUAACCUGACACCGCACAGGUAUGAGGCUCUUUAUGCUAAGAUGCUUCCUGAGACCAUGCUUGGCGAUACAUUUCUAAGUAAAUAUGGUGAUCACAAUGAUUCUGUCACCGUAAUUGAUCAUAGGCGUGACUAUGGAGUGAGAGCGCCUGCUAGACAUCCCAUAUAUGAAAAUUUCCGUGUCAAGGCCUUCAAAGCACUUCUAACCUCGGCAACUUCAGAUGAGCAGCUUAUAGCUCUUGGAGAAUUAUUGUAUCAGUGUCACUUCAGCUAUAGUGCAUGUGGACUUGGCUCCGAUGGAACCGAUAGGCUUGUAAAGUUAGUACAGGAAAUGCAGCACAGUAAGCUAUCUAAAUCUGAAGACGGGACGUUAUAUGGAGCCAAAAUCACAGGCGGAGGUUCCGGAGGAACUAUUUGUGUAAUUGGCAGGAACUGUCAACGAAGCAGUGAACAAAUUCUUGAGGUUCAGAAUAGAUACAAAAGUGCGACGGGAUAUUUACCAUUUGUCUUUGAAGGCUCAUCACCAGGCGCUGGGAAGUUUGGCUACUUGAAAAUACGCCGUACCAUACCAAAUUAAGAUUAGCUUUGAAGGAAUAAACUGAUUAGGAAAACAAUUAUGGUACGAACAAUGCUGUUUUUCAUUUUAGAUUUUGUCAUAUUCAUCACACAUGGUAAUGUGACACAUGUCAAUAGUCACUUAUAAAUUGUGUCACAUUAACUUGUGUAGCAAGAGAAUAAUAAAAUACAGAGUGAAUAACAACAUUUCUUUUAUUAUUGUAUAUAUUAGAAAUAGGUUUGGUAAGGGUUUAUUUUGUUAACUCUAAUAAGAAAUCAAUAAAUUUAUUUAUUUUUUUAA